CUCAGGGCGAAUUCCGGCCUUGUAAAGGCCGGCAGAGGCAAACAAAGGCAGACAAGCUUCAUAGCAGUGAAUCAUGUCGCUCGAGCGCCCGCCAAAAGGUAAAAAGAAGGCGAGAGCGAACCUCGCUGUGGCCAGGCUCAGCAGCACACCCGCAGCUGGCGCCAGUUCUCUCACAUCUGUCCCUGCUGUGCCCUGGCUGUAUCAUUUGCGUGUGCAGUGGGGCCAAAGCUGAAGGUCAAGUUCCCUGUCUUGAGACGAGCGGACUUCUCUGAGGAGAUAGCGGCGCUCGGAGAUCUCUCGCGGACGCUGUGCGCCACCAAGACGUCUUCCAAGGCAAUCCUCCUCACCCUCUCCAAGUAUGAGAAGUCGCGGUACAGUGACGAGUCCCAGGAGAUCGGCAGCGAGGAGCCAUCCACAGUCACAGCACUUCCAGCGAUCCUGCCGCCUCCCUUCACGGGCGGCCCGGGAGGCGGUGGCGGGGCUCCUCCAUCCAAACCAGCAGUGCGCCGCCUCGCCCCUCCCAGCCCUUCGCUCGGCCCAUCGUCCUCUCUAUCAGCCCUGGAGCCAAUCGAUGGGUCGAGGGGAAGGGGCAGAGGGGCGGGGAGGAAAGGCAAGUUCACCGACCUGGGAGCGCCUGAGAGCAGGGAGGUUCUCAGCUCGUGGCUAGACGACAUCUCCAAGAAAGACCAGCACAUUGGGCCCAAGACGGAGAUCUCACCAGCAAGAAAACUGGUGGACCACUCUUCAUUCGGUGCCGCGGCAACGAGAGGCACUACGACCCUUUUGGAGAUGAGCAAGAGUGCUUCCGAGGGCACACUCAAGAAGCCUCGACCCCCAGAGCCAAAAGUGACCCCUGAAGACACCCAAGUCGAUGAAGGGCAGAAGGUGCCCCACAAGGGCGCGAUGGGUGACGGCCUGCCUCUGGAGCUCUUCGACGACCCAGACGCCUUUGAGGACCUGCCGCCCGACGAGUGGGUGUCCCAAUGCCAGCAGCGCCACACCGAUGUGGGCAUCUCUUUCGAGGAGGGGGCUGUGGGGCCGUCACCAGAGGCUGCGUGUGCGGCGCCAGACGCGCACGUGCUGCACUAUCGCGGGAACAACGUACGUGAGAUGGAUGCUGAAGUUUGCUCGCUCAUUUGUCGGGCACUCAUUUUUAUGUCUGUGUACGUGCAGCUGUCGAUGGUGCCAUGCUAUGUGCUGGGGUACAAUGAGAAGCUGAAGCGCUUCCAAGUGGAGCUUGCUGACAAGACAAGAGUUCGGAAGUUUGUGAGAAGACUCGCGCUGCGAUUCCAUUCGGAAGAUCCAGAGUAGGCACACAAGCAAGAGACACACAUGGACAAGCCCAUGUCACUAAAGGUGGGUGUUUGCAGCCGUUUUGGCGACCGUGUCAAGUCGUGUUAUCGCAAGAAGGAUCAUGUAGAGCUGCAGCAGAAGUUCAUCCGCUCCAUUGAGAGCAUCGACACGGACAGAAUAAGCCCCAUGCUCAGAUCGACAAAAGAGCUGUUUAUUCGGCACUGCCUCAAUAAGGCGCACAUCGACGUGAGACAGAGACACUGCCACCUAUCCCACAGGCAAAGACUCAGAAAGGACUGCCUCUUGGAGUGUGUGUCAGCGUCCGCAAGAUUAUGUGGCAGAGAUAAGACAUUUGCUGAUAGAGAUCGAGCAGAACUAUGUCAUCUCGAUGAAGUUUGCGACGAUCAAGGACCAGCUGAUCGAGCUCAACGGCACUUCAGAGGCCUAGUAUGCGCGGCAUGACAGAACCACACUGGGAAGUCAGAGCUGGGAAGUCAGAGUACAGAGGCGGCGCUUGUGCCUGUGUCUGUGGUCUGGUGUCAGUGUAGCUGAGGAGACAUUGCAGUCGAACGAGUAUGCGUCCUUGCUUGGCCCCUUCCUCCCCCCUCCCGUCCCCCUCUUUGCCCUGGCGGAGGUGCCGCCGCCAGAGCCACUCUACACCACUGCCAAAGAGAAACUCAGCCAAAACUUCAACUUCUCCAGGCCUAGACUAAGACCUGUGAGCAAAAGCAUGGGCAGACCUGAGAGAUGGUGAUUCAAUUGCGUGAAUGCAUCCAUGUGUGUAGGUGAGUAUGGAUGUGUGGCGUCGGUUUGAGGAGGUGUGCAAGCUGCGCAUUCUGGACACCAACCGAGGCCUGAACGAGACCUACAUUCCUGGCAUCAUGACACACAUGCACUCACCCACAGCCGGACCAACUGCUGUAGGCGAGUCACGAUAUGAAGAGCAGUGGGCAGCAUCACACACAUCCGUGUUCGUUCAGUCGUUCCGCCCGGCUGAUUUUCUGGAGCAUCUGAGGGUGCACAGACAGGAAGUGACGCUCGCACUCGACAGGCACUGGAGAGAAUUCAUCGUGUCAGAGGUAUGCAAACACAUACAGGCGGCAUGACACAGUGCGAUCACCCGACUGCUGACUUCCUUCCCAUCUUGUCUCCUUCACCCACAGGUGAUAGACAAGUUGUCGGAGGAGUUCAACUUCUUUGUAGACCAGGACGCCAAGUACACCCGGUCUGACCUGCACCGCUUCCUCAGGAAGCAGGACCUCAUUCUCAACCAACAGAUGCGGUUCUUCGUCCAAGACUCCAUCGACGAGUGGACACGAUUCCUUGAGUCCUUCCUCCCCAAUCCAGAUGUGGUAUGGAGCACAUAGCGGAGCUGGGUGUCAUGCCUCAGGACAGCAUUUCUCCCUGGUUUGCAUGUCAGGUUGCGCCCACGCCGUUGCUGGUGCUCCAUAUUAUGGAUAAGUACAAUGCAGUCAGACUCGACCCUGAUGCAAAGACGUGACCCGGAGGAGAAACAAACUCCCUGACAUACACAGUAUCCGUGCUUGUGUUUCCAGGCUCGUCAAGUCUAUCUUGGAGGCCAUGAAUGGCAUUGUGGAGUGCUGCAACGCCAUCAGAACCGUGGGUAGGUGAGACACAACACAAAAGCAGAGGGCAGCCACACGCGGCAUGCUUGGCUGCCUUGUAUGUGUGUCAGAGUACGAGUUGGUGCCCUUCUGCAACAUACCAGAGACACAAAUGUACCCCAUCACCAUGACCUUCCCUCCCCUCCUCGACGCACAGAAGAGAGUCACCGAAGUGCUCGACCAGUGCCUCGAAGAACCAAUCGUAGGAGGCACACAUGUGUGAUGCGACACAGGAGCUCAACGCGACCUCACACUAUCUCGCUGCAGGCGUUGCUUGAGGAGUACAAGAGGUACGAGUAUCUACUGGGCGAGAGGCCGGACCCGGAGCUCGAUACCAACGACGUAGAGGUCAUGCAGGAGCGAGUGGCGGCACUCGUCAAGGCGGCAGAGGAGGUGGAGUUCCUCUCGGCAUCCGUCAUGCGCUACCCGCUCUUCGAGGUCCACACCGACGGCAUUGUGCACAGCCUGGUGACCAAAGCACAGCAGCUCGUCGAGUACUAUCUGGAGAAGGUGGUGGAGCACAUCACCAAGGGCAGCCAGGAGGUGCUUGAAAAGUGGCACGAGGUGCACGUGAGGAUCCUCACGACGCCCUCCAACGAAGACGACCUUGCGAAGCUCAAGGACUUCAUGGCCAACAUCCACAACGUCAUGGGCCCGCUUAUCAACCAGACUGACUACCUCCACAGACAGAUCCAGAUGGUCAGCGAGUUCCGAUACCAAGUGCCUGAAGAGGUCAUCGAGGUACGUGAGAAAGAGGACGCUUUGGAGGAAAUCCUUGAUGUGGUCUUGUCUGUGCCGUUGUUGGGUCAGUCAGCCUUCAAGGCAUACAGCUGGCCGCUGCAGGUCCAGAUGGAUGUCCAGGAUACCACACGGAAUCUCGACCAGGAGAAAGAAAAGGUACAUACAAAACGGUGUGCAUACUAUUUGUCUCAUGUGUCUGCCCUGUUUGCUGCUGCCAUGGAUCCGUGCAGUUCAUGGAGCGUCUCGAGGAGGAGAAGGAGGCGUUCGAGAAGGAUCUCGCGCAGUACAGCAAAGACCUCGACUUCGUCCGCUACGAGAUGGGCGACUUCUCACAGGCACUCAAAUACGCAGUCAAGAUCAAUGGCCUCAAAGAGGCUCUCGAUCGGGCAAAGGAGCGUGUGGUUUCCUUCCAAGAACGCGAGAAGCUCUUCGGCGUCGAGGUCUCCGGUAUGGGAUGAGACCAAUGGGCAGAUGCAAUCCUCUGAUUGAUGUAUCCCUUGCCUCCACCCUGCAGACUUCUCCAAUCUGGAUGAGAUGGUUGAGCUCUUCCUUCCCUACAACAAGGCAGGCGCAUUUACACAUCAGCGUGAGUCUGACAGACGUUUCGUUGCCGUGUGUUCAGUUGUGGACGAUGGCGAUCGACUUCAAAUACUCGGAGGACGACUGGCUCAACGGGGCGCUCAUGAAGCUUGAUGCCACAGAAAUCGAGACCAGCGUCGACACAUGGUUAGCACAAAAGUCGCACACACGCUGCUGCAUCGGAGACCUAUGACGACUGCUUUGUGUUGCCAGGUACAAGGAUGCUUACAAGCUUGCGAAGGAGUUUGACACAGAGCCUGUGCCAAAGGGUGUGGCCGAGGAGGUCCGUGCCGCCAUUGACGCGUUCAAAGGCAACUUGCCCGUCAUCCGUGCCCUCUGUCAAGAAGCCAUGCAGCCGAGACACUGGUCAGCCCGACACAGACAGCGACCUCCUCGGACUCCGAGACUGUGUACAGUGGUACUUGGUCAAUGUGUAGGGUAGAGCUCUUUGAGAACCUCGAUGCUGAUGUGGACCUUGAGGAUCAGCUGACCCUCCAACAGCUCAAUGAGAUUGGUCAGCAACACAGAAGGAUCAUGCCUCGUCUGUACCGACUGCUUUGCCUUGUGUCGCUUGUCAGGCAUCCAGAAGCACAUCGAGAAGGUCGAGGAGAUCAGCGCCGUAGCCCAGAAGGAGUUUGGACUGAAGAAGACUCUGGCGACAAUGAAGGCGGAAUGGAAGCCAAUGGAGCUCGAGGUCACACUGGCUUUCGACCGGCUGUCAUGGCAUUUUGUAUUUACUUGCCUUUCUCGAUCCUAUCAGGCCUUGCCAUACAAAGAGAGCGGCACAUACCUGCUCAAGGGGGUGGAUGACGUGCAGACCCUCCUGGAUGACCACAUUGUCAAGACGCAGGCCAUCCGUGGAUCGCCGUUCAUCAAGCCAAUCGAGAAGGAAUGCCGCGAAUGGGAGGCCAAACUCAUCUACAUACAGGUGACGUGGACGCGCUGACACAUCCACGUAGGUUGCAUGUAUCUUGCGUUUGUCUUCUUUCGUAUUUGCAGGAUCUGAUGGAGGAGUGGUUGGCCACCCAGCGGUCAUGGCUCUAUCUCGAGCCAAUUUUCAGCUCCGAAGACAUCAUCCGACAGGUGACUGACAAGGGAAGCGCACGGAUGGCUAGCAGCAGCUCAUGAAUGCGUGUCUGUGUGUUUCAGAUGCCUGUCGAGUCCCGCCGCUUCCAGCAGGUCGACCAGCUGUGGAGAACAACAAUGGCGCAGGUACACAUCAAAUCAUCUCUUUGUAGUGGUCGUGGUCAAUCGUCUGGUGCGGUCUCGCAGGUGCACGAGACGCCGAAUGUCUUGGAGAUAUCCGAGAUCGACAAUCUCCUGCAGGUGACAAGAGCCCCCCUUCUUCCAGCAAGUUGGCUUCCCUCUUCCAUGUAUGUGUGUGUUUCUUCAGAACUUCAGCGACGCCAACAAGAAGCUGGAUGAGAUCCAGAAGGGCCUCAACGACUACCUCGAGACCAAACGGUAAUAAAAUCCGAUCCCUGGUCCACGCCAUGGCUCACUGGCUUUUGUGUCUCAGUUUGGCGUUCCCUCGCUUCUUCUUCCUGUCGAAUGACGAGCUGCUGAUGAUCCUGUCCCAGACCAAGGACCCCACGGCUGUGCAGCCGCACAUGAACAAGUGCUUCGAAGGCAUCAACAAGGUCAAAUUCGACCCAACCAACUCCAUCAUCCAGGCCAUGGUCAGUGCCGAGGGCGAGGUGGUGCCGCUCAAGAAACACGUGGACGUCAACCACGGAGAGAAGAAGGGCAACGUCGAGAAGUGGCUGGUCGAGGUGGAGGAGUCCAUGCAAAACUGCCUCCGGGAGGUCAUGAAGGAGUCCUUCUCGGUGAGACGGUCUCAUAUCCUGUCUCCGUGUCAAAAUGUCUCCUCUUCUUUUCCUUCGUCGGCAUGUACAGGCUUACGUGACGAAGGGUCGCACAGAGUGGUGUUUGGAGUGGCCUGGCCAGAUCGUCCUGUGCGUCGAUCAGCUCUACUGGACGUCAGAGACUGAGGAGGCCAUCCAGAACAAGCAGCUGCCACAACACAAAGAGAAGCUCGACAAGGAACUUCAAGACGUAGAAUGGACAGUGCACACACGGAGGGAGUGACACACGAUCAUUCACCCAUGCUGUGUGUGUGUGGUCAGAUCGUGCGUCUAGUCCGUGGCGAUUUGACCAAGCUGAAUCGCAGGACCCUCGGUGCGAUGGUCACGAUCGAUGUGCACGCGCGUGACACCAUCCAGGCGUUGAUGGACCAGAAUGUGAAGAGCGCCGAUGAGUUCGACUGGCUGGCGCAGCUGAGAUACUACUGGAAGCCACCCGGCACCUUCACCAUGCGCGACGGCAAGCCAAACCCAAAGGCUGAGUGUCACGUCUCCAUGGUCAAUGCGACGCUUCUGUACGGAUUCGAGUACCUGGGCAACUCUGAUCGACUGGUCAUCACGCCAUUGACCGACCGCUGCUACCGCACUCUGCUGGGAGCCUUUCAUCUGUUCUAUGGCGGGGCGCCUGAGGGGCCUGCGGGGACGGGCAAGACGGAAUCGACCAAGGAUCUGGCCAAGGCGGUGUCUGUGCAGUGUGUCGUGUUCAACUGCUCUGAUGGCUUGGACUACCUCGCCAUGGCCAAGUUCUUCAAAGGACUCGCCUCAUCGGGUCAGGCACGAAAGACGAUGUAGGUGCUUUGUUUCUGCAGACGUCGCUUCGUGUGUUUGUCAAUCAGGUGCUUGGUGCUGCUUCGAUGAGUUCAAUCGUAUAGACCUGGAGGUACUGUCUGUGAUUGCCCAGCAAGUGCAGUCCAUUCAGAACGCCAUCCGCAAUCGGCUCAACGUCUUCCUUUUCGAAGGUGAGACACCAUGCAAGGGACGCCGUCGACGUCACAUCCGCCUGUUUUACUAGGUACGGAGAUCAAGCUCGUGCCGACAUGUGCCGUCAAUAUCACCAUGAACCCGGGAUACGCCGGCCGAUCGGAGCUGCCCGACAACCUCAAGGCGCUGUUCCGUCCCUGUGCAAUGAUGGUGCCCGACUACUCUCUCAUUGCCGAGAUCGUCCUAUACUCGUUUGGCUUCGAGGAUGCACGCAACAUCGCCAGGAAGGUACACAAAGCGACAUCGGUGGAUAGCCUGCCGAUAUACCUUGUGUCUCUCUUGCGGUCGCCAGGCAGUGGGCAGUCUACGGCUGUCGUCUGAGCAGUUGUCGUCACAGGACCAUUAUGAUUUCGGUAUGAGGGCGCUAAAGGCCAUCCUUACGGCCGCUGGACAGCUCAAACGCAAGCUCGGACACGUCCUCGCAGAGGUGAACCCGCCAGACAGAUGCAACAACUUCCUUCCAAUUCCAUUGCGUUGUCGCGUGCAGGAUGUGUUGGCGCUGAGGGCGUUGAGCGAUGUCAAUGUGCCCAAGUUCACAGCCAAUGACAUUCCACUGUUUAUGGGUAUCAUCUCCGACCUUUUCCCCGGCGUCGAGCUGCCGCCCUCCGACUACGGCAAACUCGUGCCACAGAUGGAGGAAGCUGCGAGGUCAAAGGGCUUGCAGCCGAAGGAGGCCUUCAUCAACAAGUGCAUCCAGCUUUGGGAGACAGUGAUGGUGCGACACGGGCUUAUGCUCGUGGGCAAGACCAUCAGCGGCAAAUCGGCCGUCAUGGACUGCCUCGCAACGGUAAUAAUUGAGCGACACACAGCGACUGCUGGCAUAGCGUGCCUCUUGUAUAUGCAGUCGCUUGGGGCGAUAGCUGACGGGCAGAGUGACGUCUUUCUGCCGUGUGAGAUCCACAAGAUCAACCCUAAGAGCAUCACGCAGGGCCAGCUGUACGGCGAGUUCGACGAAAACACACACGAAUGGGCUGACGGGGUAACCACAGCUAUCCAGGAGGAUUAUGGACAUGAGAUUGUGUUCUGCUUCUUUCAAAGGUGUUGGCACUGACUGUCCGCUAUGCUGCCGGAGCGGAGCCCAGCAAGCGGCAGUGGAUCGUGUUGGACGGGCCUGUGGAUGCGGUGAGUUACCACGGCAAAGCGAUUCCUCUCGCCCCUUCUGCUUCUUAUGGGCCUCUCCGUGUUCAGGUGUGGAUUGAGAACAUGAACACUGUCUUGGACGACAACAAGAAACUAUGUCUGAACAGCGGCGAGAUCAUCAAGCUCUCGCCAGUGACGACCAUGAUGUUUGAGGUAGAAGACCUCGCCGCUGCGUCGCCAGCCACCGUAUCACGGUCAGUGGCCGAAAGCAUCUUCAACAGAGCAGUAUGCAUAUGCAUGCCUUGUUGAUGCAGGUGUGGGAUGGUUCUGCUAGAGCCCGAGCAGACAUUGGGGUGGCGUCCGCUGGCGCAGUCAUGGGUCGGUGCUCUGCCUCAAAUCAUCCAAGAGGCUCACGGACAGAUGAUCCUGGACAUGUACGAGCGGCUCAUGGAUUUCGCUUUCCAAAUCGUCACCAAGAAGGUCAAGAACCCCGUUCCCGUGUCCGAAAACUGGUGAGCGGAAGACAAGGAGACAUAAUGCGAAGCACGCAUGUCUCUGGCAAUUUUAUUCAGGCUGAUGCUCUCCAAUCUCCGCAUGUUUGAGGCGCUGCUGCACCUGCACCUGGGCGAGAUGAAGGAGGGAGACGACAUUCUGACCAAGGACAAGAAGGUAACCGAUUGAACGUUUCCCGGUAUGCUAUGUCUGAUGUCUCUAUGUAUCCCUUUCUCUUCCAUCAGGCAGCCCUUCCUCCAAAGGAGCGAGAGGCGCGGAUCGAGGCCUUGUUCUACUUUGCGAUCGUGUGGAGCAUUGGCGCCUGCACGGAUCAAGAGGGGCGGGUGGUCUUCGAUGGAUUCCUCAGGGGAUUCAUCAACGGACUGCCCGAUCUGGCAAAGGUCGGGUGGGGAGAGAUAUCCACGUGUCAUCAGCACCCUCUUCUCUUCGGUGCAGGAGUAUGACCUGAUUGGGACCUACGAGCCUCGACAGGGGAAGGGCGGCCUACCCGACAAAGGUCUGCUCUACGACUACUUCAUACACGAGAGCAGCGGCAAGUGGACACCAUGGACGGCACGCAUCGGCACAUUCGAUAUACCAAAAGUACAUACAGCACAAGCCGAAAAAACGAGUGUCGGUGUCUGUCUGUCAACCCUUGAUGCAAUUCAUGCAGGACGCCCAGCCCCACACGAUCAUCGUGCCAACUGGCGACACCGUCAGCAACGCCUACUUUCUCCAGGCCCUUGUAGCGCGGCAGUUUCAUGUGCUCUUCUCGGGCGUCACGGGCACCGGCAAGACGGUCUCAGUCCAGUCUCAGCUGCUCACUGGCUUUGACAAGGAGUCGUUCACGUCGAUCGCCUUCAGCUUCUCAGCGCAGACGAGUGCCAACCAGACACAGGACAUUAUCGACGGCAAGCUGGACAAGAGAAAGAAGGGCACGUUUGGUCCACCCCUCGGGAAGAAGUAAGAGGGUGCAGCACAGGCGACGUAACAGACAUAGGCAGUGAGAGAUGGCUGCUGUGCUCCCUGCAGGUGUUUGAUAUUUGUGGAUGACCUCAAUCUGCCUGAGAAGGAGAAGUACGGCGCCCAGCCACCCAUUGAGAUCCUCAGACAGUGGAUGGACACCAGAGGUCCGACACACAACCACACGUAUAUUGACUUAUCGUCGACUGCCUAACUCCAUGUGUCUCAGGUUGGUAUGACCGCAAGACGUCAGAGUUCCGUGAGCUCGUGGAUCUGACGUUCAUUGCGGCCAUGGGACCGCCCGGAGGUGGCCGGAACAACAUCACCGCCCGCUACAGCCGGCAUUACAACCUCAUCUUCCUCACGCCCUUCGAGGAAGAGUCACUUGUCCGCGUCUUUAGCACCAUCCUCACUUGGUAUUUCGACAAGGUCGGAUUCCCCAACUCGAUCACAUCCGUCACACAGAGCAUCGUCAAGAGUACGCAUGCUGCCAGAGAACCACCACACACACCAGUGGGAAGAUGUGCCUCUGUCCUUAUGUCGCAGGCACGAUUGACACAUAUCGGCUUGUGAGUUCCAGCCUGCUGCCGACGCCAGCCAAGAGCCACUACACGUUCAACCUUCGUGACAUGAGUCGAGUCAUCCAGGGGCUCUGUCUCCUUCGGAAGGAGUCACUCCAAGGCACAGACGAUGUGGUCAAGUGCUGGGCACACGAGUGCGUGCGUGUCUUUGAGGAUCGCCUCAUCGACAAGGCUGACCACAACUGGUUUAAGGAGCAGCUCAAGCAGAUUAUGGAGACCAACUUCAAGCGCAAGUGGAGCUCUCUCGUCACCGUCGAGCCCCUCCUGUUCGGUGACUUCUCCGAUCCCAAGAAGAACCACUACCAGGAGAUGUCCGACCAAAGCUCGCUGCAGGAGGUCAUGAGGAGCCUACUGGCUGACUACAACUCCAUGAACAGCAAGAAGCAGAUGAACCUCGUGCUCUUCAUGUCAGCCAUCGAGCACGUGGCACGGAUUGUGCGCAUCCUUCGACAGCCGCUGGGCAAUGCUCUGCUGGUGGGGGUGGGUGGAUCGGGGCGCAAGUCACUGACCACGCUGGCGACUUUCAUGGUCGACUAUGAGCUCUUCCAAAUCGAAAUCAGGUGAGAAAGCAGACCAAUGAUCGUACGCACUGUCUUUGUCUUUCUUCCAUUCUUCGUCCAGCAAGUCUUACGGCGUGGCCGAUUGGCGUGAGGAUCUGAAGAGGCUGCUGAUGAAGGCUGGCGGGCUGAUGAAGGAGGUCGUCUUCAUGAUAUCCGACACGCAGCUGGCCAAGGAGACUUUCCUCGAGGACACGAGCGGUCUCCUCAACACAGGCGAAGUGCCCAACUUGUUCGGCGCAGAGGACAAGAUGACAAUUCUCGACAUGUGCAGCAAGCCUGCACAGGCAGCUGGCAGAAACGGACCGGCAGAGAUCAUGGCAUUCUUCGUCGAGCAGUGCCGCAAGAACCUCCACAUUGUCGUGUGUCUGUCGCCUAUUGGAGAGGCCUUCAGACGCCGGCUGCGCAUGUUCCCUUCCCUGGUCAACUGCUGCACGAUCGACUGGUUCAUGGAGUGGCCCGAGGAGGCCUUGAGGUAGCGAGACAUGUAUGUGAAAUUUAAUGUCCAUGCUUGACUGUUCCGCAUUGUGUCAGGUCUGUGGCCAAUCACUUCUUGGCUGGCGAGAAUCUGAGCGCCGACGUCACCCAAGGCGUAUCCAAUGUGUGCGUGGCCAUGCAGACGUCAGUCACACAGCUCACAGAGAGGUAACAGAUAAGGGACGACGCUGUGCAUUCAGAUCUGCUUCUUCUUCUCUUCCUUCACAGGUACAAGCAGGAGGCGCGGCGAUACUAUUAUGUGACACCGACGUCUUACCUGGAGCUGAUCAAUGCCUUCAAGAGCCUCCUGAAGAGCAGAAGGAACGACGUGGGCACGCUCAAGAGCCGCUACGAUGUGGGUCUGGAGAAGCUGCUGACGACGGCCGACCAGGUGGCGGUGAUGCAGCAGGAGCUGGAGGAGCUGCAGCCAAAGCUCAAGCAGACGUCCCAGGAGACAGCCAACCUGAUGGUGCACAUCGAGCAGAAGCAGAAGGAGGCCGCCGUCACGCAGGCGAACGUCGAGAAGGAGGAAGCCAUCUGCAGCAAACAGGCUGCUGACGCAUCGGCUGUCAAGGAACAGUGCCAAACUGAGCUCGACAAAGGUCAGAGGGAGAGCAACUCAUUCAGAGCUGAGUCUCACGUUUCCUUUGUGUAUGUGUGUCGGUGAAGCCAUGCCUGCAUUGGAGGCCGCUCUGGAUGCGCUGAAGAAGCUGUCCAAGGGUGAUAUCACCGAGGUGAAGUCGAUGAAGUCGCCUCCCCCCGGUGUGGUGCUGGUGAUGGAGGCCCUGUGCAUCAUGUUCGGCAUCGCGCCCAAGAAGGUCCCCACAGCAGAUGGCAAGGGCAAGAAGGACGACUACUGGGAGCCGGCCAAGAAGAGUCUUCUCGGAGACGCCAAGUUCCUGCAGCGUCUCUUCGAGUACGACAAGGACAACAUCGCUCCCGCCAUCAUGGAGAAGAUCAAGCCCUACGAGAUCAAUCCCGACUUCGAUCCUGAGGUCAUCAAAAAGGCAUCAGUGGCAGCCACGGGCCUGUGCAAGUGGGUGCGAGCCAUGGUUAUCUACGACCAAGUGGCAAAGGUCGUGGAGCCCAAAAAGAAAGCUCUCGCGGAAGCUGAGGCCGAGCUUGACACAGCGACAAAAGAUCUGGCCGUAAGCACCCUAACGGGAAUGCCCUCUGGAGACCGCACAUAGAUGCCGUUUGUACAUGUCUUGUGCAGUCCAAGAAGGCGGAACUGAAGCAGGUGCAGGAUUUGGUGGCGACGCUGCUCAGCGACUUCGACAAGGCCAAGAAGAAGAAAGAGGACCUGGCCAAACAGGUGGACGACUGCAGUAAACGGCUCGUGAGAGCAGACAAGCUCAUCAGCGGGCUGGGCGGUGAGAGGAAGAGAUGGACAGAGUCAUCAGAACGUCUGGGGGUGAGACUGGGCAUGACACCAACUACCUCACAACACCCCCACUACUAAUUGCUUUCUCACCCAGGCCGAGCUUGCGAGUCUGACUGGUGAUGUGCUGAUCGCCUCCGGCAUCAUUGCCUACCUCGGUGUGUUCACGGCCACCUACCGACAGCAAUGUGUCAAUCAGUGGCUUUCUCUGCUCAACCACGAGAAGAUCCCAUCCGGCGAGGAGAUCACGUUGCAGGGCGUGGUUGGCGAUCCGGUGCAGAUCCGGCAGUGGGUCAUCAACAAGUUGCCCAACGACAGCCUGUCCAUCGACAACGGCAUCAUCCUGUCCAAGAGCCGCCGGUGGCCUCUCAUGAUUGACCCUCAGCUGCAGGCCAACAAAUGGGUCAAGACACAGGAAGAAAAACUCAAGGUGAGACGAGACGGACUGAAACGCAGAUGGUCUAAUUGAUUCGCUGCUGUUCAGGUGCUGCGCCUCUCCCAGUCAGACUAUGCCCGCACCCUGGAGACGUGCAUCCAGUUUGGCACGCCAGUGCUGAUUGAGAACGUCGGCGAGUCGCUGGAUCCCCUCCUCGAGCCCCUGCUCGAGAAGGCCAUCUUCAAGGCCGGCAACAUCGAGAUGAUCCGGCUUGGCGACUCGACCGUUGAGUAUUCCCGCGAGUUCAAGUUGUACAUCACCACCAAGCUGCCAAACCCCCACUACCCGCCUGAGCUGUGCGUCAAGGUCACGCUGCUGAAUUUCCUUGUCACGCCAGAGGGCCUUGAGGUGACAGCCUGGACAUAUAUAAAUAAGGCCACACACGAGUGUAGAGACAUGUUGCUUUGAGUGCAGGAUCAAAUGUUGGGUAUUCUUGUGGCGCGUGAGGAGCCAGACACAGAGAGGAAGCGACAGAAUCUGGUGGUGGAGAGUGCCCAGUCUAAGGCCCAACUCAAGCAGCUGGAGGACAAAAUCCUGGAACUACUCAGUGCCGCUAAGGUUGGUUUGAUACAGGGCACUGGCCCGGAAAGACGUCUCCGUGUGUGUGCAGGGCAACAUAUUGGACGAUGAGGAGCUGAUAGAGACGCUGAGCAACUCGAAGGUGGCGUCACAGAGGAUCGAGGAGAGAGUCGUCGAGCAGGAGAAGACACAGGCUCUGAUCAACGAGACACGGCAGUCCUACCGUCCAGUGGCAUUACGAGCGGCCCAGCUGUUCUUUGUGAUAUCUGACAUGGGCAACGUGGACCCCAUGUACCAGUACUCACUCGAGUGGUUCAUCGACGUUUUCAACUCCGGCAUCGACGUAAACAACCAGACAAGCCAGUAUGCACCAGCCAUCUUAUGCUAUUCUUUCACGUCUCAGAAAGCCGAGAAGUUUGAGAAGGGUGUGGAUCAGAAGCUGCAGAAGCGCCUCACGGCCCUCAUCACCAAGUUCCUGGAGCUGCUGUUCAACAACGUUUGCAGGUAACAGCUAUGUCACAAAGGUGGCUGCCAUGCACAUCUCUGUGGCUGGUCAGGUCUCUCUUCGAGAAGGACAAGCUGCUGUUCUCAUUCCUGCUGGCCAUCAAGAUGAUGACUGUCGACAAUGAGCUCAACCACGAACAGCUGCGGCUCUUCCUACUCGGCGGCGGGGGAGGCGGCGAGCCAUCACGGCCCAGACCUGCGGAGCCGUGGCUCACCGACGUAGCCUGGGGCCGUCUGCUGGAGAUUGAGCGGCUUGGCGGGUCAUUCGACAAGUUUGCCGAGAAGUUCGAGAGCAAAAUAGCCUCAUGGAAGGCCGUCUUCGACUGUGAGAAUCCCCGGGAUGAGUCUGUCCACUGGCCCGGCGGAUACAAGGAGAGCCUUACGCCGCUCGAGAAAUGUCUGGUCAUGCUGGCCGUCCGCCCUGACACCGUUGUGGGCUGCAUCCAGGAGUUCAUCGAGGCCAAGCUGGGCCGCUACUUCCUCGAGCCCCCGACCUUCGACCUUGACGCCUCAUACUCUGCCUCUCGAUGCACGUCGCCUCUCGUCUUUGUCUUGAGUGCUGGCGCCGAUCCGAUGGCUGAGCUGAUGAAGCUGGCGAGCGCCAAGGGGAUGGAGCACAAAGUGGCCGCGAUCAGUCUGGGGCAGGGGCAGGGCCCCAAGGCUGAGACGGCCAUCAGGACUGGAAGGGAGCAGGGAGGCUGGGUGGUGCUGCAGAACUGCCAUCUGGCCGUGAGCUGGCUGCCGACGCUGGAAAAGCUGAUAGAAGAGUUCACCCCUGACACGAUGGAGGACUCGUUUAGGCUGUGGCUGACCGCAAUGCCCUCGCCCCACUUUCCCGUGUCAAUCCUGCAGGUCAGAAGAGAGGCCGAAUAAAUGAAGAUUUAUCCAUCGACAGCCUUCUUUUCGUCCAAUGUUGUGUGCAGAAUGGCGUCAAGAUGACCAACGAGCCGCCCAAAGGGCUGAGACAGAACCUUUUACGUUCAUACUACUCAUUCAAUGCAGAGUUCCUGGUACUCACAAGAGGAGGGAGAGAAACACCACAUGCACACACAUGUCUCUAUUACGCUUGUUUGCAGGAGGAUCACACCCGUGUGCACGCCUGGAAGAAGCUCCUUUUCGGCCUCUGUUUCUUCCACGCGUCGAUCCUCGAGCGGCGCAAGUUCGGUCCCCUCGGCUGGAACAUCCCCUAUGAGUUCACCGAGUCGGAUCGGCAGAUAUGUGUCUCUCAGCUCAAGAUGUUCCUCAACGAGUUCGCCGAGAUUCCCUACAAGGCCCUCAACUACAUGGCCGCUGAGGCCAACUACGGCGGGCGUGUGACGGACGCAUGGGAUAGGCGGACCAUCAACUUCAUCCUGUCGGACUUCUAUGCGCCCGACGUUCUGGAGGACGAUUACCGGUUCAGCCCCAGCGGCAUCUAUUACGCCCCCGCAUCAACGACCACACACGAGGGAUACCUCGAGUUUGUCCGGUCGCUUCCCCUCAACGAAUUCCCGGAGUGCUUUGGGCUGCACGCCAAUGCCAACCUCGCCGUCGCCAUCUCAGAGGUACAAAUAGACACAACCGUAACAGAGAAACAGCGCAGCUUCAUCGCUUUCUUUGACACAUAUGUCCAUCUUCAGGCGAUGAAUGUGAUCCGCACGGCCAUGUCGCUGCAGCCCAAGACAGGUGCGGGAGCGGGCAAGUCACCGGAGGAGGUCUUCAGUGCCACGGCCGCAGACAUUGUGGCCAAGCUGCCGAAGCUCUUCGAUGUGGAGGCCGUGGCCCGCAAGUACCCCGUGCGCUACGACGAGAGCAUGAACACCGUCCUGGUGCAGGAGCUCAUGCGCUUCAACAAACUCCUCAACGUCGUCCGCCGGAGCCUCGUGGACGUGCAGGCGGCCGUCAAGGGCCUAGUGGUGUCCACACCUGAGCUGGAAGAGGUGGGCUCGGGGCUUUUUGACAAUCGUGUGCCCGCCUCAUGGAGCAAGGUGAGCCAAUGCUGGGUGCACGGGUGAGCAUAUUGGCUUUGGUGGACAAGGGCUUCGUUUCUGUGCAGGUUGCAUACCCGUCUCUGAAGCCUCUCGGCUCGUGGGUGCGGGACUUCCUCGCCCGUCUGGACUUCAUGCAGAAGUGGAUUGACGAGGGCCCGCCACCGAAUUAUUGGAUAUCGGGAUUCUUCUUCACGCAGUCGUUCCUCACCGGCACUCUGCAGAACUACGCCCGCGCCGCAGGCGUGCCCAUCGACCAGCUCAUUUAUGACUACACCAUAUUGGACAGAAGUCAGACCAAGGUAGGGACAUAUACACACUCCACCUUUCCCGUUCCACCAUGUCUCGCUUGCGUGUGUGUGUGUCUGUGCGCGUGUAUGUGGCAGGAUGUGUUGAAGGAGAAGCCUGAGGCGGGUUGCUAUGUGUAUGGUUUGUUCAUGGAUGGGGCCCAGUGGGAUGACGACAAGAAGGUGGUUGGCGAGUCGUCGCCCAAGAUGCUGUUCAGCGAUAUGCCCAUGGUGUGGCUCAAACCCAUCGAUGCCAACGACCAGGACAAGACCGCUAAUGUGUACCCAUGCCCCGUCUACAAGACUUCCAGGAGGGCCGGCACGCUCUCCACAACUGGUGGGUGGCAACGGAGACAGACACGGGCAAGUAAGGAGACACUCGCUGUCUUGUUGUUCAGGUCAUUCCACCAAUUACGUCAUGACGAUCCGGCUGCCGAUAGCGCCUGAGCACUCUGAGAAGUACUGGACUAAACGAGGAGUGGCCCUGCUCACACAACUCGACGACUAACUCAGAAUGGGUGGUUUCCGGUGCGCGCCUUUGCUCUUGGGGGACUGCAGUGUUUCUGUGCUGGCGCUCUUCUGCCCUCUGUCUUGCUCGUCCACAGCCAAGUGCGUCUUCGCCUGUCUCGUUUGAGCCUCCCUCACUUUGCG